AUGUUUUGCUUUCCCGCCAUGGACGAAAGCCUCCCGCCAUUUUGGGCAGUCAUUGUUCGGUAUGAUCGAGAAGUUUGCUUUGAAAUCAUUUUCUCUGAGCUUACAUUUCGUAUUGGUUAAGUACGAAAAUGUCGUUUGCCUGCUUAUUUAAUCUUUCGGCGGAAUGCGAAGAUCGGGAAAAUUUCGACAAUUACAUUCCCCCAAUGUGCUAAGAAGAACUGCUCAUCCGAACAAGACGAAGUGCUAAGUCUUGAUAGAGUAGAUAUUUCAUUCAUUCUAAUUUGCUAGUGAAAUAUUUCCUCUAGAUACAAAUAAAUCGGGAACCACGGUGCUUUCGUGAAAAAGGAACAAAAAUGAUUCAAGGGAUCUACAUUCCGGGAGAGACGGAAUUUUGAUUUGAGUUUCUCUAAUUACUACUACUGGCGUGGUUAGUUUACCCCCUCGCUCUUAAACUGGUGGUAGUAUUGACGGAUUGAGCCAAAAUCACAGAUAUUUGUGAUUACGACUUGCUGAGUAACCAGUUACCAAUUUAUCUGAACUGGUGGUUCUGAGAAAGCGUCUCUCUGACCUAACAUGCUUCACUUUAUUGUACAACAAAAUAGCUUAAGAGAUGGACAUUCGUGUAAUAUGCAGGAAAUCUUUGCAUGAUCGUUCACCAAAUCUUGUCGCCGCUUAAUUAAACUGGUUUUAUCUAACUUCGUGUUCAAUAGAUUUUUUGACUGAUUCGUUCUUCUAAGAAGGUAAUUUCCUUUGUCAUUGAAAGACCAAAAUUGCAUGGGUAUGACUAUUUGUUUCUUUUUAAUAAUUAUAUAAUUUAAGUGAUAUUAAUUACUCCUCGUGGGCAAAGGAGUUUAACGGCAAAAUUUAUUAGAUGUUAAAUGAAAAGUUGUAAUAUCUCUCGUAGUGUUGUCGAAUUUCUACUCGAAGCAAAAGAUCAAUGAUUUUUUUAUUCCAACAUUCAAUGGCAAAUUCUUGAAAUUUUGUGGUUGCCACAUACGAACUGGUGUAAUAUUUUUGAAAAAUUCAUCAGUCCAUUUCAUUUUUUCAUGAUGGGUUGUUUACUUUAGGUAUCACGGUUACUGCAAAAAUAAUAACAGCUUUCUGUUUGUUCUAGAGGACCACCAGUGUUUAUAUUAUUUGUUCUUAAUCUGGUUUUGCAAUAUGAAAUUCAGUUAUUCCAUAAAUUUUAUGAUAUUCAUUUCAGUUAUAUAACAGUUUCCCAUUUAAAGAAUACAUAACAUGCUAGAUAUCCACAAGACUUCAGCAUGUUGCAAAGCAAAGCAUUUUUUUGUUGUAGAGUGUUCUGCCACUUUGCACAAUUUCUGCUUCGGUGGAUAACCUCAGGUUGACCUUGUUAUUUUCUAUUAUUUUAAGCUUUGAGCACAGGGUGAAUAUGUAAAUAUUGCAAAAAAUCCACCGGUAAAUCUUAACUGAAAUGCUUAUCCCUGGAUUCUUUUCUCUUCUAUUACGACUUUCAUUUUAGUUUCUUUAAAGCCUUUGUAUUUUGUUAAAAAAAAUACCUGAGCUAUCUAUACAAUGAAAUUUUGGAUUCCUUUGUAUGUAAAUGUUAAAAAAAAAACUGAAAGCAAAAACCAAUUAGUCAAGAUUGUGUUUCAUAGUUGACUUCCACAAAUAAAAUUGUUAAUCUUUACAGAAUUGUCAGAUAAAGAGAUCACCAAAAUUUAAUCAACAGACAAAUACCAUUUUUCAACCUUGAUUAAUUUUUACUGUGUAAUAUGUCAGAUUAAAAAGUAAAUACCACUGUCACUUAGUUUUCUUGACCAUGUUUGUUUAAUUGCCCAACUGAACAUAAAUAAUUGGCUUCAGCACAAGUUACCUUGGAAUGGCUUACGCUUGAAAUUAAAGGUCAAAUAAUAAAAUAUUCAACAUACAGAGGAAACCAGUUGAUAUUGAAGAUUAAAUGUUAAGAAAUCCAGGAUGGAUUUUAACAAAAUCUACAUAGGCUGGUGUUUAAUAUCUUUAUUUAAGUGGCUCUUUCUUAGUGUCUGGGGGCAGAUUUCCACCAUCUGUUCCCCUAUAUUCUUUAUAAUUAUGUUGCUCACCUGACAUGCAUAGAAAAACGACCAUUUUAUAGGAAGCAACUUACCUAAGUUGAAAAAAAAUUGUUUACUUUGGCUUUAAGGGAAAAUAAUUCAGUUUUAUUUGGCAUACUUAUUAUAUAAUAAAUAAACUAAACAUUCUUCUAGAUAAUUUGCUUAAAUAUGAUAUGGGUAACAGAAAUCCAGCUUAAACUUUGCCUCACAGCUGUAUAAACCUAACAGUGUUUCAUGCAAAAAAUUUGUGACAGUUUGUGGGUAAUCUAGAAAAGAAUUGAAAGUCACACAAGUUUCUCUUAAGGGACACAUAUUUGAACUAGAGUAUAAAGAGAAGUUAUUGGCCAGGAUAUUCUUCCCUUUUUCAAUCUGUAUCUCUCUCAUCUCAGAUAGGAAUCUACAUGUUGGAAACUUUGUCUCUGUUUGAUGAUGACCCAAAUUCAUUUUCAAGUCAUCAUACUUAAUGAGCCAUAAAUAGUUCAUAACUGCAUGCCAUUGUCAGAGAGUUUUUGUUUUGUUUCUCAGGUAUCCCAGCCUAUCAUUUUGGUAUUGCAAUAUUGUUAAUAUAAAGAAGGAAUUAGUGAUUAAAUCAGCACUUUUUUGAGCAAUACUAGUUGUUUUGGUGUUUCUACAAUUUUAAAAGAGAUGUAUAUUUUUUACUCCUUAUUUUAAUGUUCCAAAAUACACCUAGUUACCAUUUCAUACUCCUUCUGCCACCCUAAAGUUUUUUUUAAGGGUUUACACCUACAUGUAAACUUUGGAAAUAUAUUUCUACUUUUACUGUUAGAAAAAAUAUUUUGCAGGUUUCAAAUACUAUUUUGUCUGAAGAUGUCAUCAAUUAUAGUAUGAUCUACAGCCAAUUAUUAGCUCCCUAUAUUUAAGAUAUUACAGAUAACAUGCAUUCAUUUAUUCACCUAAAAAUGACUGGUAAACUUGUUACCAUCAUUUCUUCAUUUUAGACAACCCAGAUGUCUGUGCAACCAUUUUGCAGCACUGAGGGAAGCAUUAGUGGAUUCUCAAGGAUUGAAACAAGAAGUCAACGACAAUCAAAGGCAUUAAAGGAACACACAGCAAGCAACGCUCUCCCCGAGUUUGGGAAAUCUAGUAGUUAUACUUUCAGCAAUUACUUUAUACCGGUUGUCAAAAGUGUGAUGCCUCUUCCUGAGCUUGACUGGGCAGAUCCCAAAGAAGUGUGGGCAAAAAUGCUUGAGAAAGAGAGGAAGUAUUCAAGAGACCCUCUAUAUUUUAGAAAACAUUCAUUUAUUCAGCCAAGGAUGCGGGCAAUUCUACUGGAUUGGCUAACAGAGGUAAAUACUUUUAACACUUUCUUUUUAAUUUUCAUUUUGAUAACUAUAAUGAUUGUACAUAAGUGUUAAGUGAGAGCCUUGAAGGCAUCCAAGCAUACAUCAGAGGACCCCCCCCCCCUGCAAAACUUAGUUUUUGAAUGAAAGUUUAAGGCAAAGCUGACAUGUAUAAAGGAGUAGAGGAGGAGGGGGGGGGGAGAGUCUGCUUUAAGUAAAAAAAAAAAUAUAAAUCUGUUAAAGUCACACAACUAAGAAGUUUGAAUUAAUCCAUGACUGGAGGUGUAAGAAUUUGGCCAUGUUGUGUGUUGGAGGGAAAGGCUCAAACAGCCAGUUAUUGUAAACAAAACAAAUGAGCACACUCCAAACAACCCCUGAUUACUCCUCUUUACUCAGCACACAAACAUGCUCCUUAAAGAGAGUGCAAAGUAUUUCACAAAUGUGCUGAACAACAUUCUAACAUUCUUUAUCUUUCUUUGUGUCUAGGUUUGUGAAGUUUAUAGACUGCACAGGGAAACAUAUUAUUUGGCAGUAGACUUUGUUGAUAGAUACCUGUCAGUUAAACAUGACAUUGCCAAGCAAAGACUACAACUUGUUGGAACAACGGCAUUGUUUAUUGCUGCUAAGUUGGAGGUAAGAAUUGGUUUCAAACAAUUGUUAUUAUUAUUAUUUUUCUUUUCAAGAAAGAGGUGCGAGUUAAGUGUGUAAUGUGUUUCUUUACACUGUUUUCAAUAUUUACAGGAAAUUUACCCUCCCAAAAUAAGUGAAUUUGCAUAUGUCACUGAUGGUGCCUGUACAGAAAAUGAGAUCCUACAUGAAGAACUGCUCAUGUUAAAGGUAACUAAAUGAUUUUAAUCCCACAAAAUUCAUGUUAGGGAUGCUGCCGUGGUUUCAGUAUUAUUUAUACCAUUUCACAAGAGAUAUAACGGCUAAUCAGUUAAGUUAAGUACACAAGUAAGUAACCUUUAUCAAUGUGGUAUGGUAAAGUGAAAGUCAAUCAGAGUGGAAGAAAGCUUUUUACACUCAAUGGUAUCAACCCAAACCUUCCCAGCAUGCAUUUAGGGAGAAGUCUCAUUUCUGCUUUCAAACCAUUUUGUUUUUGAACUUUGAAUGUUUGAACUGCAUUCUGAUAUUAAGUAUUAGUUGCUUUAUUUUCUAUUGCAUUUCAUGUGUAAAACAGUCAUGCAACACUUGGAUCAAUUUCAGUUUCUGAGCAGCCGCACAUCUAUCUUCCCCUAACCCAAUGCUAACCCUAACCUGUUACAAUUUGACUGUUUUUGGAUCAGGGAAGGGGGGUAGGUGUGCAGUUGGUCAGAUACUGACAUUGAUUCCAAGACUCUCUUGUGGUAUACCAUGGAAUGUUCCACUUGCGUGUACUUAGUAAACACACUUUUCACUCAUCUAUUUAUUGCUUUCUUGUCUACAGGGGUUGUGUUGGAAUUUAACACCAAUCACUGUCAAUUCAUGGUUAAAUAUCUAUUUACAGUUGUCUUGUGUAACAAGUAAAAACGGUAAAACAUCAAACUUCAGCAUCCCUAACUACUCACAACCAAGAUUUGUUGAAGUUGCACAAGUAGGUCUUCCCUUGCAUAUUUAUUGUCUAUGCAAUGUGUGAUUGGUUGCCUCUUAGUCUUUAACUUUUUCUUUGUUUUAAGUAUCUAUGCACGUAUGCAUAGAUGCAUUUAUGUCUUAUUAGUGCAGCUGCACACCCACCCAACCCCUAACCCAAAAUUAACCUGAUAUUUUGAUACUGACAUCAAUUCAUAUUAUGCAAGUUGUGUGAUAUUUUUGUGAGCCCUGUUGAGGAGGGAAAAAUACCUGUAUUGAGUAAAAUGUAUGCUCAUAACAUAAUGUUACAACCACUUAACAGGGGAUUUAUUCUUCUGCUGCUAAGAAUAUUCCAUUUACUAAUAUUUCAGCUUUAGGUUUCAAAAUACAUCCAGUGGUACUAUCUAAUAAUAUUGUUGAUUGCUGCCUAAUUUUAUUUCUUUUUCUAGCUUUUAGAUCUGUGCAUCCUGGAUGUAGGUUCUCUGCAGUUCUCCUACAGUAUUCUAGCUGCGUCAGCUCUUUACCACAUGCUUCCAGUUAAUGUUGAACAAGCUACAGGUAAGGAACAAAGAUCAGCCUUGCAAUAACAUCCUGUGUUCAGGUAAUGGAUGAUGUAACUGUUGCAAGACAAUGAUUCCUGCACAUAGAGAGGUAUUGGCAAAAUUGCAUUGCAACAUAUUUGUGAUAUACAGUAACUACAACUUUGCUCAGUUCUUCAAGAGGCAGUCUUAUAUGGACAGGGUGUUGAUCAGCCAUUGGAGAUCAGGGAAUUCUCCAGCACCUUAGCUUUUUUAACCCUCUAACUCCCAUAAGUGACCAAGAAAGAAUUUCUCCUUACAAUAUCAAAACAAUAUCAAGCAGACAAGUUAUGAGAAUAAAGAAAAAUAUCAGUUAGGGGAUUAUAAGAUGAUCCAAUACUAAAUCCUCCAAACUAACAUCACAAGAACUGUAUAGGAGAUAGUAAGGAGAAUUACUAAUGAGAUCUCGGGAGUUAAAGGGUUAAAAUUUUUCACAGAAUUCUAUGGUGACUUUGAUCCAUUUUCCUGCUGCUACAUUUUUAAAUGAAAACCCUGAUGAACUUUAAGCGACUCAAACUCCUUGCAAGCAACAAUAUAACUUUGUGACAGUUGCCAGAGCUCAUGAGAAAGGUCAAUAAUUAUUGUGCUAUAUUAGUUAUUUAAGUUAUCUUACAUUGAAUUCCAGGACAUUCACGGGAGGAACUUCACCCAUGUAUUCAGUGGAUGACAUCUUUUGCCCACAUCAUAAUGGAGAAAGGAGCAGCAACCAUCAGAAGUUUUGAACAAGUUCAACGUGAAGAUGCUCACAACAUCCAAACUCAUGCAGUAGACAUAGCAUCACUUGUAAGUGAAAACUUAAAGGAUCUUUACAUUAUGAUGGCACUUGUUCAUACCUGUACUACUGGCUUAAUCCUUUCACCCCCUAAGAGUGACUAGCAUCUAAUUUCUCCCAACCCAUUGCACCUGAAUCAAAGUUGAAGGUCAUGAGAAUACAGGAAAUGAUCACCAACUAAAGAACCCCUUGAUUGUUAACCAAAUUCUCCUUGCUGGCUCCUUGGAAAAUGUACAGAGAGCAGUGUGGAGAAUAUGCAUACAGAUGUUGAAGUGUAUAGAGUUCAAGGGAAAUAUUAGGAUCUUAGUGGUCUAUAAUAGUACUUCAGGUCAUCCCAUUCUCCAUAUCGUGACCAGCUGUGGUAUUAAUAGACCUACCCAUCUACAGAAGUCAAACUCGAUCAUGAUCUAAAAUCAAGUUUCCAUUUCAUCAAACCACUGUUGCUCACUUUUGUGCACCUCUCAGUGGUUUCCUCCUUUAAAUAUUAGAAAAAAAAACUAUUUGUAAAUUUUUGCUUAGAAGGGGCCUGGCCAAAGGUUUCUAGUGUUAAAAGCAAAUAUAAUCAAAAUGUGAAUUCAAGAAGUUUUCAUCUUUAACCCUUUAACUCCCAGAUUAAAAUUGUCAUUCUUCUUACUGCCAAUCAUACAAUUUUCAUGUUAGUUCAGAGUAUUGAUUAAUUAGUUGAUUCAAUUUAGUAUUGAAUCAACUAAUUAUCCCCAAAUUGAUGUUUUUCUUUAUUCUCAUCACUUGUCUGGUUGAUGUUGUAUUGAUAUUGUAAGGAGAAAUUCUGUCUUGGUCACUCAUGGGAGUUAAAGGGUUAACAAUCAAGGAGGUACCUUAGGAAAAUAGUACUGUUAUUGUAUUUAAUUGUAAAAUGUCAUAAUUCCUUUUCAGGAUAAAGCUUUAGCUCUUCAAAGCACUCUUGGUAAAGAAACAGCAGAAAACAGGUCAAGAUCUCCAAACAUUGAAUCAUUUAAACCACUUACCCCACCAAGCAGCACAAAAAAACCUGCCUUAGACUCUGUCAUAAUGAUAGAAUGAAACAAAUUAGGUCCACGUUAAACUUUAUUCCUGCUCUGUUUCAUCUUUAGAAUACUUUAUUAGGGGGUUUCACAAUUUGUGCCCAAUAUUAUGGCACUCUCCUCAUGGUGUUAACUCUAUCACCCCAAGGAGCCAUCAAAAUUGAAUUCAACACCAAUCAGGCAACAUUGCUUUAUUUAACACAAAAAGACUCGGAUCUAAAAUUAUAAGAAGUGUACUGCAAACAGUAUGAACAAUUAAUAUUUUGCUCCUGGGAAUGGAAGUGUUAACCAUCAGCUAAUUUAUUUAAAUGAGACAUUGGUCACGGAAAAAUCUUGGGAUAGAGAAGGAUGUUCAACAAAAUGAUAUUAGCAAUGCAAUCUCUACAAAUAGUACUUUUAACUCAGGAUUCUUGGAGUAUAGAGUUCUAUCCAUUUUGCAUUUUGAUCUCAGUUAGUGGAACCUCCCAGAUGUUUAAUGAUCAAGUCUCCUGCUGUGUGUUUUUACCCUUAGUUAAUAUUCUAACCCUUUUUAAUUUGUGUGUAUGUUGAUAGAAACCUUCAAAAGUAACAAAUGUUAAGUUACACCAAUAGUUGGCAAGUGUGUACCUGCAACCCAAGUCUUUUUUUACAUUUUAGUAUUAAAACUAAACCGUAUUUUGUAUAGUCUAAGAGUAUUUUUUAAAUUUUAAAGAAGGAUUUUUUUUUUAAUGAUUCUGAAGGGCUGUCCACAAUUUUUUUCCCUUCUUUUAAGUAAAGUAAUUUGCAUGACAGAUCUGUUUUAAAGUGACAAACAUAGUAGUAAAAGUAGCUAUAAAUAGGCAGGGGUCAAAAUAAGCUGCUACUUACCUGAAAAAGUUUGACUCCAGGAACAUUUUUUGAUGUAAUAACUUCUAGAGGGGAUUAACAUAACAUCAUAGUUAUCCAGGAAAGAGGUGAGAAGGAUAAUCAAACUCACCUUGAUAAAACACAGUUAAUUUACCAAAUGGUUAUUAGAUCUUGGUAGUUAAUGGAUGAAUUACUAAAUGGAAAAAAGUUUUAGGAGGCAAGUUUUUUUUUAUGGUGUCAUUUGACUAAAAAACAACUAGUUUUGUUUUUUCUUCCUGUUUAUAAAAUUUUUGUUGAAGAGGAUGAAGACUUAAUUAAGUGAAUAUUUUAAGUAUAUUAUUUGGAUUUCUGGUUGAGCUGGAGUCAGUGACUGCAUUGUAAAACUUGUUUUAACAUAAACAACAUUUUAGUGUAAGUAUGGACAGGAUUUUUUUUAUUAUUUUCAAGGUUUUUCAGAAGUGUUUGUAUUAUAGCAGGUAUUUGCAUUUUGCAUCAAAUUUCUACAACUUUUAAACUUCCUCUGUUGAAAGAGGGGCAGAGUAGGGUGUGAAUUGCCUAGACGUACCACAUUAUCAAUCAUUUCACAGUAAUUUACUGUGACUUGUGUACAUAACCACAUAGAGCAUGUUGAAGCUUACAGAGUGUAAUUAUUUAGGUAGGCUGUUGAAAUUUUUAAAAAAAAUUAUUCCACUGAGAACAUUAAGGAACAAAAAAAAUUGUAUAUUUGUAUGCAGACUCAUGAUAAUUUUCAAGU